CGGGACGAGCUCGAGCGGGACGGGCAGCGGGCACCGGCGGGCUCGAGGGGGACGGGGAGGCGCGGAGAUCGACGCGCUCGGCGCUCGGCCCCUUUGGCCUGGCUCGGCGCUCGGCCGUGGCGCCUGGCGGAGGAAGAUGGCGGCGCCCGUGGCGGCGGGUCGGUGAGGGCCGGGCCAUGCUGGCGCUGCGGACGGCGCUGGGCCGCUGCCUGGCGGGACCGGCCCGCGGCGCGGCUGCCGUCCUGAGGAGCGCCCGCGGCAGCGAGGCGGCCGCCUGCAGUCCCUUUAUUCAGGCAGCAAGAUGUUAUGCCAGACCUGUGAGAAGAAAGAGGAAAGAUAUCCCCAGCCAUUUGGAUGAUCUUCCUCCCACAAUGCUGAAGAAAGACUAUGCUGAUGUGCCCAUAGUAAAUAGUGUUGAUGAUGUAGUGAGAAGACUGUUGUCACUGGAAAUGGCAAGCCAGAAGGAGAAGGUGAAAAUAAAGAUUCAGCAGCUGGUGGAGAAGGUCAGGAGGUCCCCCAAUGACAAUGGCUCCUUUGAGGUACAAGUUGCUGUGUUGACUGCCAAGAUACGCACUUACGAGGAACAUCUUCAGAGGCAUCCCAAGGACAAAAGCAACCGGCGGCACAUGCUGAUGGCUGUGGACCGUCGGAAGAAGCUGCUGACGUACCUGCGCCGGGUCCGCUACGACACCUUCAAGAGCACCUGUGAGCAGCUCAACAUCCAGUACAGCCUCCCCCCUCCCUACAGCCGGAGGAUCACCAAGCGUGGGCUUGUGAAGAAGGCUUUUUGUCUCAAGGUUUUCCAGGAGGCACGAAAGCUGAAAGCAGCUGAGAGGCUGAAGAAGAGAAGAGAGUGGCAAGAGAGAGCAAGAGCUGCAAGGGAGGAGAAGCAGGCACAGAGCGAGGGGACACCCGUGUAGGGGCUCAUUGAGGCUGCCACAGACACCCUCUUGAGCAAUAAAUAACUACCUACAGCCCUGACUCUUC